AUGGCAGGGGGUACAGCCAAGUUGGCUGUACCUGGGUAUUUUACCCAAACGACGCUGCACGUCGUUUUGGGCAGGGGGUACAGCCAUCUUGGCUGUCUGGAUGGUUUUACUGUUGAUUUCUUUAAAAAACAUUGGGUGAGGGUGGGUUUUUCGCGGGAUAUUCCAGAAAAUACUGGGCAUCUAAGGCCAAUAAGCUUGCGCAAUACAGUGUAUAAGUGUGCUUCAAAAUGUAUGGUUGCAAGGUUGAAAUUGGUUCUUCCCAGCAUUAUUUUGCCUUCUCAACAUGCGUUUAUUUCUGGUAGAUUCAUGACAGAUAAUAUUCUUCUGAGUCACGAGGUUAUCGAAAAAAUUAAUGGACGUCGUCGAGGUGGGACCAACCUUGCUUCUUUAAAGAUUGAUAUGAGCAAGGCAUAUGAUAGAGUGCACUGGAUUAGUUCAGACCAAAUUGCGAAAUUCGUCAAGGUGAUCCCUUAUCCCCCUUUCUCUUUCUCUUCUGCAUGGACAUUUUGUCUCGAAUGCUUCAAUUAG